AUGCAUAUCCGUCGUUGCCUGCAUCUGAUCCUGACUGACAUCUGGACUCUAUCUUGUUUACAUCACUUCUUGCUGGAGUUCUUAGGCACUGCCCUCUUCCUGUCUGCCAGCCUAUCAGCUGUCUUAACAUUCCCCCUAGCCACUGGAAGGCAGCAACUGAAUCUGAGGUCUGAGGGCAACCAGAGCAACAUAAGCAAUUUGUUCUACCUGGGAAAUGUGUGUAACCAGAGCAACCUGAACAACCUAGUUGAUCAGAGUGACCUGUGCAACCAAAGCAACCUGAGCAGCGAGACCAAUCAGUGGAACUUGAGCAACCUGUGCAACAUGUGCAUCCAAAGAAGCCUGUGCAAUGAGAGCAACCUGAUUGAAAAGAUCAACCUAGGCAACAACCAGCGCAAGCUCUGUAAUCAUUGCCACCUGAGCUCCCUACCUGUCUCACCUCCGAGCUGUCUGCAGGUGGCGCUGGUGUUUGGUCUGUCACUUGCGAUGGCAGCAUUCUGCGUGGGCGGGGAAGUCCACCUGAACCCAGCGGUUACUAUAGUAAUGCUCCUUACCCUUAGGCUCCGCCCAUGGAGGGCAGCCCUAUAUGUGAUUGGACAGCUUCUAGGGGGCGUGGCUUCUGCUGCACUUCUGCUGCUGCUGACUGGAGACGUGACUCCAGCCGUCAACCAGGUUGUUCCAGGUGUUCAGCUCCACCAGGCCGUCACCGUGGAAACACUGGCAACUUUCCAGCUUGCCCUGGUGGUCUUGGCCAUGGUUGAUGCCUCCCUUCCAGCUGUGGUGUCAAACAUGCUGGUUGGCCUGGCUGUCAGUCUGGGUCAUUUAAUUGCAGUGAGUGCGACAGGAUGUGGGAUGAAUCCGGCUCGUUCAUUCGGUCCAGCUGUCGUCACUCUCGACUUCAACAACCACUGGGUGUUCUGGGUGGGGCCCGGUCUUGGGGCGUGUCUUGCUGCUCUCCUGAACGACCUGUUGCUUCGGCCACGUUGGCAUCGUCCGAGAGACUGGUGGGCGGAGCUAAAACAGCUGUAUGUGUUGACGGGGAAACAGCAGCAGAUGGCGCUGUCACACAGUCCAUGACCCUGCACACACACACACAUACUUGUUUUCAUCACUAAGGAGAACUUCAAACAAAUGAAACUAAAGGAGGACGCCAUGUUUUUCUUCCUCUUUAUUCUUGAUAAUCGUAACUCCAGUAGAAACAGCAGUUCCAUAGACUUUCUGGUUACAGGAUCACCUUCUUCUUCUUAAGAAUUGUAUCUUUCUAUGUGUACCUCCCCGCAUAUGUGCAAUAUUCAGUUUUUUAUAUUCAUCAACUAAAACAUUUAAUAAAAAUGGCUCUCAUCAUAUCUUCAGGAUAUUUACUUUUCAAUUUGUUUCUAUUCUCACUGAUUAU